AUGGGCUCGAAGGCGCACCCGGAUCACACGAUGCUGGUAGCGGGCAGGGCUGGCACCUGGCACCACGGGAGGCAUACGCAGCGCCUCUUUGGUGCUAUCUCCCCGAGGGCGGUCAGCACGCCGCAGCUGGAAGCGGGCCUACCGAGGGACCUGCCGAGCAUCGCCGCGUCGCCCCGCGGCAAGAAGGACCGCAGGAGCCCGGUCGGGAAGGCCCCGCCCAGCCUCGGGCGGAGCUUCACGCAGUGGACCCGCGGGCUCCUGAAGAGCUCCUCCGAGCCCGCCGCCCCGUGCUUGCCGCGCGGCCUCGGCCUCGAGCGAAGCAGGCACGCGAAGGGAGUCCUGGAGGUGUCUUCGCAGCUUGCAAGCCUUGGGUACCUGGCGAACGCGGCCCGAGUCGCAGAGCAGACCAGGGCCUCGGAGGGCUGCGGAGCCGCAGCGUUCGAUUGUGAGACGGCCCGAAGGUACCUGACGGACUGCGACGCAAAGGGAAACGUGCCAGUGCCGCUCCGCUGCAUGACCGGUCACUCCAAGACCGUGGCCGCGGCGGGAGAAGAUUUGAUGGACAGCGAUGUCCUGGCCCUCGCCGGUGCGAUGCAGGAGAUGGAGGCCAUGGAGGAGGUCGACUUGAGCAAUAACCGUAUGCUGACGGACACCAGUUUGGGGCCGCUCUUGCGGCAGCUGUGCAUGGAGCCGCUGGCGAAGACUGUGCGGAAGCUGAUGCUGGCGAACUGCACGCGAGCGGGCGUGGUCGCCAUCGGCAGCCUCGUGAAGCUGGUGGACUCGGCCAGCAUGCUGGUCCAUCUGGACCUCAGCCACGUCGCGAUAUCCACCAAGCUGCAGCUGCCUCUCUGCACCGCCAUCGGCUACCAUCCCCGGCUCCAGACCGUGAGCCUGGCAGAGUCGGGCUUCAGAGAGAAGAGCGUCUGCGCGCAGUGCAUGGCCGCUUUGCUGGACAGCGGGUCCGUCUCCACUCUGGACCUGAGCUGGAACUGUUUCGACGACGGGGUGUUCUCCCGCCUCGGCGAGCGGCUCGUCCUCAACAGCACGCUCCGUUCGCUACGGCUGCAGAACUGUUCCUCCUCUGUGCGCGGGGUCGACCCGCCAGUGGCGUCGCUGUUCGAGCACCUGGCCAGGGACCGAACCCUGAGGUACCUGGACGUCUCGAUGAACCACAUCGACUUCCGGACGGCGCUCGUCAUCGAGGACC